GACAUCAAUAAAGCAACGGAUAAUGCAAUAAAGCCUUGAAUCGAGAUUUCCAAUCAAUUAUCUCUUAGACUGUGAUCUAAUGGAAGAGUUGACGGAAUUUGUGUCCAAAUCAUUUACGGACUCCAUUUCAGCGCCAAUCACGACAACAACGGCCUUCUUCUCUUCUGCCACCGCCGCCUCCUUCCCUUGUGUUCCGCUUUUCCGAAGUCCGCAUUCGGGUCAGCAUUCGGCACUCCAUUCGGUUGUCCAACGACUAAACGGCGCUUCUCUAUCUGGAUGGCCAAUAUUUAGAACGUCUUUGUCAUCAUCUGAGGAACAGUUGUGUUCUUCGCCUUCAAAAGUGACUUUAAGAAGCAGUUCAGUGAUGAGUCGUGGAUCUGAUCCCGAAGACAUCACAGCCGAAGAUUCUGAAGACACAGACAACAGUCAGUCCACAGGCGCCGUCGAGACGAAGCGCGAGCCGCGCAGCGAAAGCACUCUCGAGUCGGGAGGCGAGUGUCGAGCGGACGACUCGAGCCGCAGCUGUGAAACUGGAAAAACGGCAAAACAACGCAGAAGUCGAACCAACUUCACGUUGGAUCAACUCAACGAAUUGGAACGACUCUUCGACGAAACACAUUAUCCGGAUGCCUUCAUGCGAGAAGAACUCUCUCAGCGGUUAGGCUUAUCUGAGGCCAGGGUUCAGGUCUGGUUUCAGAACAGAAGAGCCAAAUGUCGAAAACAUGAAUCGCAGAUCCAGAAGAACCUAAUGAUGGCCACCACUACCACAACAACCAUUCCCAUCGAAUCUUCGCGAAUCGCUCCAUACAUAAGCGUCACGAGUUCGCCCACUCCACGCAUCGCUUCCGCUCACGACCGACUUUCUGCCGCCGCUUUGCCCGCACCGCUCGCCUCGCAUUACAUGCCGUAUCUGAGCGCCAACAGUGACUUGUUGACGGCCGCCCAUCACUACGCGGCAGCCGUGGCGGCUCACGCCUCUCAACAGCCGUUUUUUGGAGUUCCAAUGGGAGUCAGUCAUCCGUAUCCACCGUUUUCUUUGUCAGCACUUUUGGCUUCAGAACGACUCAACACAAAGAACUCGUCAAUAGCUGAUCUCAGAUUAAAAGCUCAAAAACAUGCGGCGGCGUUAGGAUUAUGAAAUAAAAUGCGAUAUUUGUUCCUAAACUCGGAUUAGUUUUAGUUUUUGUAGAAAUCAUUAGAAAUUGAAUUAAAAAUAAUUCAAAAAUCAAUUUCGUCUUUCAUUUUCACAGA